UUUACAGGAAUAAAAAGAAUUUUAAACUUAGAUAUAUCAAAAUUUUACCAGUUAAAUUAUUUUACAUAUCUAAAGAAUAUAAAUCAGUAUUCCACGACAAAGAAGUUUUUAAAGGAUGAUGAGAUAUUGGCUGAAAAAGUCAGAGUUUUGAAGGAUAAGAAAUUUAUGGGUGAUUACUCCAUCCAUGAAGCCAAGUUACUUGCCAAGAAAUUUAAUUCAAAUUUAAUUCUUUUCAAGCCAAAUUCAGUCCCACCAAUUUGUAUCAUACAGAACUAUUCAGAUUUUAUCCAAUCACUUUCGAAUCCCACAACACCCUCUGUUAGUGCUGAGAGUAAAGUGGAAGAAGAUAAGGGCGUUUACUCCUUUGACCCAUCUUUAAAGAGCAAAACCGUUCAAAUAUCUGAAAAUUGUGCUAUUCCUGACCUGAACAGAAAAUUAUCUUCAAUUCGUAAGUUCAUUACUUCUGGUCACAAGGUUGAUAUUAUACUUCAAACUACCAAUAAAAGUAAGAAAUUUACUGGAAAUAAACAAAACAACAAUAAAGUUAAUGAUGCAAUAAUAGAUGAAAAGGAUUCCAAGUUAUAUAAGGAGGAUGAGGGUACACUAAUUCAGAGGAUCGAUCACAUAUAUUCAAGGCUAAAUGACAUAGCGAAGCCUUUCACUGUAAAAAACAAACUUAACCUUAAUUCUAGACAAAUUAUUAUAAAAUUUUACCCUAAAUAAUAAUUUAUUAAGUUGU